GUAAACAUUGUUUUACUCCAAAAAUACGACACAAACGCUAAAUAAACGAUCGUUUGAUUGAAUCAAUUGUUUUGUUAAGGAUUUGAAAUAAUCGACAAAUUGAUCCAAUUGUUGACAAUUAAGACAUAGAGUCACUCGUGAUGUUCGGGUCGUCCAAUAAUAAGCCAUUGUUUGGUUCGUCGGGUACUUCCAGUGCCUUCGGUCAGCCCAACACAUCCACUUUUGGAGUACAGCCGACUCCCGGCGGUGGACUGUUUGGUUCAAUGACGGCCACACAAACACCACAACAAACCGGAUUGUUCGGGUCGACCGCAACACAGCCUUUCGGUUCGACGCAAACUUCUAUUUUCGGGACGACUCCAAACACUGUAACUACCAAUACAUUUGGCUCUCAGUCGGCUCCCAGUGCUUUUGGUGGAACCACUUCAUCUAUAUUUGGUACAACCCAACAAAAUAAUUCAUUGUUUGGCGGCAACCGAUUCGGUACGACCUCAACUACCUCACCAUUCGGUAAUACUUCUUUAACUCAACCUAUGAGUGCGCCCAAUGGGACAACAAUUAAAUUCAAUGCUCCCGCGGGAACUGAUACAAUGAUGAAGAAUGGCGUUUCGCAAAAUAUUAACACAAGACAUCAAUGUAUAACUUGUAUGAGAGAGUAUGAAACUAAAUCAUUGGAAGAACUUCGUCUCGAAGACUAUAUAGCGAACAGGAAAGGGCCGCAAAAUCCGGGAAUGUUUGGCACAGCAGCCAGUAGUGUCAGCUCAGGUGGUUUGUUUGGCUCUACACCGACCACUCAAAAUACUUUUGGUGCGACCACACAAAAUACAGGAUUAUUUGGUCCAAAUAAGACGGCAUUUGGUGGGCUAACCCAACCAACCACUACUUCUAGCGCCGGUCUAUUUGGUCAAAACACUUUUGGACAAAACAAACCAAUGUUUGGCGGAAGUUCUACAUUUCCCAGUGCCGUAACUCCAUCAUCGACCACAUCUAUAUUUGGUCCGACAUCUACAGCAAAUCCAUUGCAAAACAAUUCAUUUUUUGGUUCGACCAGUAAUACUGCCGCCGUAAAGCCAACAUUUGGCACUACCGCUACACCAACACAACCAACACUUUUCGGUAAUACGCAAAAUAAUAGUUUAGCUCCAAAACCACUAUUCGGUACCACACCUACCAGUUCUGCCACUCCAUUUGGGGCCAAUACUGGAAACACUUUAUUUAAUACAGGAAACGCUGGUUCAACCCUUUUUGGCAGUACUUCACAGCCAUCACUAUUUAGCACACCAUCUAAUUUUAACAAUACUUUAAACAAACCACUUAUCAAUUUCAAUACCACACCUGCUAACCCAUUUAAUUCAUCACUUGGAGGAACUGGUUUGACAUCGACGACCAGUCUAUUUGGAACUAAUACCAACCAAUUUGGUAACACUGGUACUUCAUUGUUCAAUUCCUCUGCUCCCAGCUUUAACUUUGGUUCGACAAACCCAACCUUUCAGUCAAGUCUACAGCCAAAUAUGGGCGCAACAACUCAAUUACCACUCCAGACGACAGUUCAAGGAGUUAAUACUGACCAAUUGGUUACCCGUUUUCAAACAUUCCCAUACGGAAACUCACCACAACUUCAAAUUGAUGUCACGAUAUCUCCUGAUAGUCGACUGCGAACAAAGUUCACGACUGACCCGAAGACUCUAAAUCAAUACAAAAUGAGUGCUAAAACAAUUGACAAUAAACCUCAACGUAUUGUCACAAAUUCCUCAAAAGUUAAUACUAUGUUAUUUGAUGGUCUCGAAGAUGAAAAUACUGAUGAUUUUAAAACAGCUAAAGAUAUAUUUGUUCCGCGAAAAAACGUCAAGAAAUUAGUUUUUAAGCCUAAGAGUACAUCAUCGAUGGCAGACUUAAAUACUACUCAAAAUACAUCGAACACAUCUUCAUUUAUGAUUCAUACUGAACCACAAACAGGUCAUAAGUUUGAAGAUUCUUCUGUUGUUGACAUUACUGUUAAUGAAUUCAUUCUGAAAGACAAUAACUCCAAACAAAAAGAGCGAUUAACUAUAUCUCCGGCCAAAGGAGAUGAAAGUCAGACAUUGAAUGCAUCAAUUGGUUCAACACAACAAAGUUUGAAAGAUGACAGCGAUUCAGAAUCGAUUGCUCCUAUUAUUCCCAAAUGUGGUGUUAUAUUGACCCGAACUGAUUAUUAUACCAUCCCAUCAAUCGAUGAAUUGGAUGCGUAUUACGAUCCGUGUACUGACACAUGUGUUAUUCCCACUUUUACUGUUGUCCGACAGGACUACGGAUCAAUCUAUUGGGACGGACAUAUCGACGUUAAAGGAUUGAAUUUGGAUGAAACAGUUCAUAUACGACGUAAAGAAGUUAUUGUUUAUCCCGAUGAAGAGGCGGCGCCCAAAGUUGGUGAUGGUCUCAAUCGUGCCGCUCAAAUCACAUUACAUCAAGUUUGGCCAAUUGAUAAAACAACUCACGAAGUUAUUAAAGAUAAGGAUAGAUUGAGAGCUAUGAAGUAUUCAGAAAAGAUAGAAAUGGCAACAAUUAAAUUGGGCGCCACUUUCAAGGAAUAUAGACCCGAUACCGGCAGUUGGGUUUUCACUGUUAAACACUUUAGUAAAUAUGGUUUAUUGGAUGACGACGACGAUGAUGAUGAUCUACAAGUAAUGGAAGCGACAAAACAAAUACUUCCAAAACAAUCUCAACAACAACAACAACAAACUAUACCUUCAAAAGAAGUGUUGGAACCAAAGAGAAAGUUAUUUUCGAGAGAUGUAGAACUAAAUGAUAAUUAUAACAUGUCUUAUGAAUGGUCUGAUAAUCUAAUGAAACCUAAGGACAACGAAAUGGUAAAUUUAUUUGAUGAUGAAUACGAUGACUUCUUUGAUGAAGAUCUCGAUCAAUCGGCCAGUUAUUUGCCACCAAUUGUGCCACAGUUUACCGAAGUGGACAAAAUUCGGUCGACACUAUUUGAUCAACGAGACUAUGAAUCAGUUUUAUCUAAAAAGAGCAAAACAUUUGCAGUUAUUUCACCGCAAAAAGAAAUUAAAAGCAAAUAUGUUUCGCCACAAAUUUUGCGACCGAAUCCAAUCAUUAAAAGAGAAAUCACAUUUGAAGCCGACGUUUUCAGCGCUAAAAAUAAGAUAAUCUGUGAUAUCGGUUCUGUUUGUAUGUCUAAUUCACCGAAAUUGUCAUUUUUCAAUGGUUCCCGAAAUUUUACAAUAGUUAAAGGAUCAACCGUUUUAAUCUGUAGUUUGAAUUUAAUUAAAUUCAAUGAUUUGGUUAAUAAUCGAUUUGAAGAACAUCUGAAAAAACAUUCAAUGAUUCAAAAGCCAGAAUACGAGUCAAAAGCACCCGUAGCUGAAACCCGAGAGUUUGCUUCCAAUUCACACAACUCGUUAAAACAGGAACAGCUAAUUGAAGCACUUUAUGGUCCAUUGUCUGAAGCAACUCCUUAUGCCUCUUAUCAACAGAGAUUAGACAAAAUUAAGGGAUGGCUUUUUGCUGUCAACAAAAAGUUGCCGAUUCCUAAAACCAAUUAUUCAAAGAUAAUUCACUUUUUGUCAACCAAUGAAUUGGAAGUGGCCGCUGAGGAAGCUCUUAAUGGUAAUAACCCUCGUUUGGCAACAUUGCUCGCGUGUGGACCAACUGUUAACAAAGAGCAACUUAUUGCUCAAUUAGAUUCAUGGAAGCGCUCAAAAGCUGAUAAUUUUAUAGAUUAUGAUUUGAUAAAAAUUUAUGUAUUAUUGUCGGGACUGAUUGAAUGGAAACUUAGUAAUGAAAAGAUUGUCAAAGUUCUUGAUGGCUUUCAAUGGACACAACAAUUGGCUCUUAUUUUGUUAUAUAAAACUCAAUUAGAUGUCGACAAUAAUGACUUAGAUCUCGAUAUUUUGUUGACAUCAAUGUCAAGUCUUACUGAACAUCCCGAAGAAGUUGAGUAUCAUUUAUUGGCCGGACAUACGCCAUGGGUAGCCAUGUGUAUGACCUCAAGUCCAUUGGAUUCAUGGUUUCUUCACGAGUCACUUAAAUGCUAUCACGUAAUGAAAGACGAAAAUGAUUUAAUUUCAAUGAGUGAUUGCAUUCACACUUUCAUUGCCUCUCAAAUUGAUGACAUCAGAUGGUCAUGUUUUGUGGCCAUACAUAUCAGUAACGAUAAUAUUAGACAAAUGGUUAUUAAAGAUAUUAUCGGACGAAAGUCAUCACAAUUUAUGCAAAAUAAAGAAAUAAAGAAAUGGCUUUUGGAUAACCUAUUGAUUCCCACAGUAUUUUUGGCCGAAGCAAAGGCAAUACAAGCGAAAAAAUGCUUUGAUUUCCCAAAUUUGGCCGAAAAUUUAAUCGAUUGUAAACAAUGGUCAGAAGCGCAUGAAGUACUCAUUGAAUCUGUAUUUCCACAAAUGGUUGUCAACGAAGAGAAUGAUGUCAUCGCAGACUUAAUAUCAAAACUGAAGCCUAACUGUCAUCUUAUAUCUAACUGGUCAUCAAAUGGCGCACACAUUUAUGACACUUAUCUUAAAUGUUUAAAAAACUCUAAUAUAGAAGAUAUUAAAGCGUUUAAUAUUCAUCAGUUGCGGACCAAAUGCAAGACACAGAUCUUAUGUCAAAGUGAAAUGGCCAGAAGAGUCGACAUUAUAUAUUCAGAACUAACUGGUGGACAGUUCGCCUACAAUACGCCCGUUCCCGACGACUACGCUCUCAUGGAGUUAAAGAUGAACGCAAAGAAUUUAACUAAACUUUUAUGUCAAACAAAUUAAUUGUGUUUUUGUGUUAAACUUUUUAAAUAUAAAGAAUAUAUUCACACGAAUUGAAACAUUUA